CCCAAAUGAUUUCCAUUGGACCCCCCAUUUCGCCUCGUUUGUUUCUGUAUAAAUUCUUACUUGGUGGUUCAUCUAGUGGUCGUAGUUAUUCGGCUUAUCGUACAUCCAAGUAUUUUUCCCAUUCUUAUCAUAUCUCAUCGUCAUACCCUAGUGGCGGCUCCUACAAAUUAUUUAACGGUUAUCGGAAUCAAAAAGAAUCUUCACAACCAAAAUUACAAACGGGUAAAUCUACAUCUGGUCCCGUAAUCUAUUUAUCUAGACGUUCACUUCAUCAACUCACUGGGUUUAGUCAACAACCAAUGCUUCUGUAUUUUACAAAUUGGAUCUUCCGUCGUCGGAAUGCUCCUGUUGAUAUUAGAUCAUACUCAACCAACAAUCAAACAAUCCCACAAACAGUUGUAGAACUGUUCCAUCCAAGAUUGAGAUCUAUUUUCCUUCAGUUGGAUGCCAUUUCCCCAAGAUUUGUUGUGCCAGCUAAAAAUAUCCAUGUACUAACAACUCCUGCAGAAUUUUAUCUGACUCUUAAAACUAAAAUUAAAUCGGCAAGGCAAAGAAUAUUUUUAAGUUCUUUAUACAUUGGGAAAUCACAAUACGAACUCAUUUCAUGUAUAGAUGAAGCUCUUACUGCUAAUCCAGAUUUAUCAGUGUCUGUAUUGACUGAUGCCCUUAGAGGAACCAGAGAGGCACCAGAAAACAGAUGCCUGGCAUCUUUACUUGUUCCACUUGUGGAAAAACACGGGAAGCAUCGGGUAGAUGUCCGUAUGUACCACACGCCUCAUUUGGCCGGUCUCACCAAGUCAAUGGCCCCCCGUAGAAUUAAUGAAAGUUGGGGUCUUCAACAUAUGAAAUUGUAUGGAUUUGAUGAUGAAAUUAUGCUCUCUGGUGCUAAUUUAUCUGAAGAUUAUUUUACAAACAGACAAGAUCGUUAUUAUAUAUUUUCUGACGGGCCCUUGACUGAUUAUUAUCAAUCCAUACAAAGUGCAGUUUCUCUGCUCCUGUAUCAACUUGUUCCUUCUACAAAGAACCCUCAAGGAUUUAGAUUGACUUGGCCAACUGCAAACAAAUCUUGUGAACCAUCCAUGAACCUUCAUCGUUUCAUUUCAGACUCUCUGUAUUUGCUUGAACCAAUUUUAAAGCAACAUCAAGUUGAACCUAUUGAUUUGGCAGACUCGGAAAUUGAUACAGUUGUAUAUCCAGUAUCCCAAUUUACCCCACUCUUGCACCCACAAAAUGAUCUUUCCACAGAAAAGCCUGCAAUUUUAAGACUUUUAUCAUAUUUAGAUUCUCCUAAAAUUCGUUGGUGGUUUACUGCUGGGUAUUUUAACAUGCACCCUCAAAUCCAGGAGCGUCUUAUUUCUGGGAAGGCAUCUGGUGUGGUUGUGACUGCUGCUCCACAAGCUAAUUCAUUCUAUAAGUCUGCAGGUGUAUCUUAUUACCUUCCAGAAGCUUAUCUUCUUUGUGCCAAACACUUUUUGGAAGAGGUAGCACGUAGAGGUCAAGCUUCUCUUAUUAGUUUAUAUGAAUGGCUGAAUGGUGUAGUUAACACUCCUGAUGGUUGGUCAUAUCAUGCAAAGGGGCUUUGGAUCACUGUUCCCGAUGAGGAUGAACCUUCGGUGACUGUCAUUGGUUCAUCUAACUACACAAAGCGUGCAUACAGCUUGGAUUUGGAAAGUAACGCUGUUAUUGUUACCAAAGAUCCGGUGCUAAAGAAAACUAUGCGUAGUGAAGUGGAUAACUUGAUGAAUCACGUGGAGAGAUUAACCUUGAAGGAUUUCGAACCUAAACCUGUAAUAGAAGAACCAGAAAAUGAUUCUGAAGGACUUAGUCCAAGUAAGACUAAUGCCACUACAGAUGAAGAUCGUCAACUCAAGCAAACUUAUGCAAUUGAUGAAAACAGACGUAUCAGCUAUGGGGUCCAUUUGGCAUUAAAGUUGUUGGGAGGUAAAAUGUAAUGUUUAGAACUAAACACAAAACUGUACCAUUACCACCUAAACUUUCUCAAUUUUAAGGCUGCCUUAAUUUUUGAGUAGGAUUACAAUUUGAUCUAUUAAGUUUCACAUUUAGGAUUUUGCAAACUUAUUGUUCGUGAGUUGAGAUCCUCUGCCUCCUUGGACUGACUCCUCUACAAGGGAGCAUGUAUAUUAUAUAUUUAUAUAACCAUAUAUGUAUUAAUUCAAAAUAACUAGAAAUACUCAGUG